AUGGUCCUUGUCACUGCCCUCACCGAAGCCCUCGGCCUCCGCGUCCCACUGGUCCAGGGAGGCAUGCAGUGGGUCGGCACGCCCGCCCUCGCCGCCGCCGUCACCAACGCCGGCGCCCUCGGCGUCCUCACCGCCCUGACGCAGCCCACCCCGGAUGCGCUGCGCCAGGCCAUCCGCGAGACGCGUGCCCUCAUCUCGGACGACAUCAAGGCCGAGAGGAAGGGCAAGUACGGCGAGAUCGCCGUCAACCUCACGCUCCUCCCCUCGAUCAACCCGCCGGACUACGAGGGCUUCACCCGCGCCGCCAUCGAGGAGGGCUGCCGCAUCUUUGAGACGGCCGGCUACAACCCGGGCCCCAUCAUCAAGAUCGCAAAGCAGCACAACUGCUACGUCAUCCACAAGUGCACCUCGGUCCGCCACGCCAAGAGCGCAGAGAAGCUCGGCGCCGACAUGCUCAGCAUCGACGGCUUCGAAUGCGCCGGUCACCCGGGCGAGGACGACAUCGGCGGCCUCGUCCUCAUGGCCCGCGCCGCAGAGGAGCUCAAGGUGCCCUUUAUCGCCUCCGGAGGCAUCGCCAACGGCCAGGGCCUCGCCUCGGCCCUCGCCCUCGGCGCCGCCGGCGCCAACAUGGGCACCCGCUUCAUGUGCACAAAGGAGGCCGAGGUGCACGACAACGUCAAGAAGGCGAUGGUCGACGCCGACGAGCGCAACACCACCCACAUCUUCCGCACCCUCAGGAACACGGCCCGUGUCUACAAGAACAAGGUGGCCGUCGAGGUGGUUCGCCUCGAGAACCGACCGGGCGGAGCCAAGUUUGAGGACGUGCGCGAGCUGGUCUCGGGCGCGCGCGGCAAGAAGGUCUACGAGACCGGCGACAUUGAUGCUGGCGUCUGGAGCGCGGGCAUCACCGUCGGUCUGAUCCACGACAUUCCUACGUGCAAGGAGCUGGUUGCCCAGAUGGAGGCCGACGCUGAGAAGCACAUCAGCCGCCUCGCCACGCUCGUCUCGCACAAGCAGAGCAACACCCAGGCGAGGCCCUCGAAGCUCUGA